AUGGAAAUAUUUUUAGAAAUAUUUUCUCUCGCCGACGUAUGUAAGGCACCAAUCGAAACAAUAAUAGCAUUACUGACAAUAAAAUAUAGGAACUCUUCAUUGAAGAUAACACUAGUACAGAGUGAAAACAAAUCUAAUGCUCGUGAAUACACGAUUGAUGUAUCAGAAUAUCAAUACAGCGUGAUAGAUAACUGCGAGAUGCCGUACGAGGCUAAAUCAUGUCAGCUGCCAAAUUUUAUCUACAACUCAUCGAACAUAAUCGCGGGAUUUUGUGCCUGUCUGAGGCAAAUAAUAAAACUGUCAUCGAUAGAAAAUAUUGACAUGAACAUUAAUCCGGACUAUAGAAAUUUAUUGGGCUUCAAGGAAUCAUGUCUGCUUGCUCCCGCCGAAGCGAGUACUUGGACAAGGUACUGUGAGAUUGAAUUGAUAUCAACGCUCAAGUAUUUAAGCAACGAAGAUAUUGAUAAUUUAACCGAAUUGCCAGUUGAUGUAGCGAGAUUCGAGGUACACAUGUCGCAACCAGUGCGUCUGCAUAACAUAAACAAGUAUACAAUGUCAAAAAAAUUUGCUAAUCAAGUAAAACACGAUGAUAAUUUAAUACUGGAGCAUGUUUAUGCCGAAGGUUCUUUUAUGACUUUGGCAGAUAUUAUAAUAUUUGUUUGUAUUCAUAUUUUUAUACAUUUACUGUCUAAAGACGAUGUACUGAAAUUAUUACCAUUGACGGCUAAGUGGUACAAGCGAAUGUGCAGCGAGCAAUUGAUGGAAUGCUUGAAUUUACUAGAAUUAGAAUCGAAUAUUUGUCGUAAAAAUUACUCCUUGCCUGUUGUUUCAGACUACAGUCUCCAUAAAAACGAUGCGAAACGUUACAAGCCACGCGGUAGAGUCUACACUCGGCAGGAUGAUAUUGAAAAAUCGCUAGAGAUGGUCAGAAGUAUGGAGAUUGAUAUUAAAAUCAAUAGUGGUGAUCCGAACGACGAUGGAGUUUAUGGAAUAAACGAAACCAUAAAUAUUGAUUGGGAAAAAAUUCCCUACGAAGCAACGCCUGAAGGUGGAUCGUUACCGCAGGUGCGAUUGAAGAGAAAAUUUCAGCAGCUUGAGAACUUAUGUAAGCCUGUGAUGAAAUUUGCCCGACCCGGAGAUGUAAUUGUUGAUUUUUGUUCUGGAAGUGGCCAUUUGGGGAUUCUUAUUGCGUACUUGUUGCCAAAUUGUACAGUUAUUUUGCUGGAGAAUAAGGAAGAGUCUUUAAACCGAUCACGAGAACGAGUUGAUAAACUCAAGCUGGGUAAUGUUAAAUUUUAUCAGUGUAACUUGGAUUAUUUUCAAGGAGAUUUUGAUAUCGGAACGUCGUUACACGCCUGCGGUGUUGCUACCGAUCUGGUGAUCCAACAUUGCAUAAGGAGUAAAGCUAUUUUUGUGAGCUGUCCGUGCUGCUAUGGAUCGAUACAAGAUUGUCAUCAUAUUACUUAUCCGCGAAGUAAUCUUUUUAAGAAUAAUAUCAAUCUUAGAGACUAUUUGAUCGUUGGUCACGCUGCUGACCAGACUCACGAUGAUAAAAAUGCCAAGACUCAACAGGGUUACGAGUGUAUGAAGAUUAUUGACACUGAUAGAAAGCUACAAGCUCAAGAGUUUGAUUAUAAUGUUUAUUUGUUUAAAUUAGUACCGGAUACUUGUACUCCGAAAAAUCAUUUAUUGAUUGGUAUUCCGAAAUGUUGAUUAAGGUAAAAGACUCAGUUAUUGACACUUGCAAUUUUAUUCUAAUUAAA